UGCACGUGACCUUUCGCCUACAUUCGGGCUGCGCGCACGUGCACGCGCCACUCGUGAGGACUCGGCGCUGCUGUCAACAAAUACUGCAGGUUGGGUCCCUCUUUCUGACCUGAGGUCACAGAUUGGCCGAAGUGAACAGACUGAGAAUGUGGAUGAGUACGUUUGCACGUUUGGCGCUGCCCGCCCUGCAGAGGAGCGUGCCGGUCAAAGCCCGUCAGACUCUGCAGGCUUGUUGCAGACCAGGACGGGCGGACGGACUGAUUUCGGUGCAGUUACGCGGGCAGCAGACGCUCGGGGCGGCCUGUGUCUCUGUGUCUCAACACGCCCUGAGACACGCCCGGGCUCUGGACGAGGAGAGGAUGGUGGAGGUGAAGUGGGAGGACGGGGGGCAAAGCCUUUACCCGUUCACCUGGCUGAGAGACAACUGCCAGUGUCCACACUGCAACCUGGACUCGGCUCAGGCCCGGAAACUGUUGAUGUCUCAGCUCGAUGUCCACACAGGAGUCGACAGCGUCCAGGUCACCAAAGACAAAAAGUUGUCCAUCGUGUGGCCGGACCAGCAUGCCAGCGUGUUCGAAGCAGAAUGGCUGAAGAAACGUUGUUUCUCUCCCGCUGCCCGGAAAGCUCUCCAAGAAGAACUCUUCAUUAACGAUCGUUAUUAUUGGGAUUCCAAGCUGGAUAUUCCCAAGGCUGACUUCCACGAAGUCCUCCACAGCGAUAAAGCGGCACUGGACUGGAUCUUGGACCUGCGUCGCAUGGGCAUCGUCUACCUGAAAAAUGCUCCUGCAGAACCAGGCCAAGUGGCCCGACUCGCGGAGAGGAUUGGCUACCUCCGGCUGACGUACUACGGACACACGUUCCAAGUCAAGGACAAAUACCUGGCUAACAACGUGGCCUACACCACAGGUCGGCUCAGCCUGCACACCGACUACCCGGCGCUGCACUACACACCCGGACUGCAGGUUCUGCACUGCAUUAACCAAGCGCAGGAGGGAGGCGAGAGCGAGAUGGUGGAUGGCUUCCACAUGGCCGAGCUGCUGAAGAGAGAAGACCCCGAGGCCUUCCACACCCUCAGCACGCUCCAGGUGGACUUCACCGACAAGGGGAUGGACUACUGCGACUUCAUGGUGCAGUCCAAGAAAACCGUCAUCAGCGUCGGUCCUGACGGUAAGAUUUGGAGGAUAAGCUGCAAUAACGCCACCAGAGACUCGGUGCUGGACCUGCCCCUGCAUCAGGUUCAGCCCUUCUACCGAGCGCUGAAGGCCUACGAGAACCUGAUGAACCGGCCCGAGAACCUGGUCACCUACAAGAUGGAACCAGGUGACAUGGUGACAUUUGACAACUGGCGCUUGCUGCACGGGAGGAGGAGCUACGUUGGCAUGCGACACCUAGAGGGCGCCUACUUGGAUUGGGAUGAAGUCAUGUCUCGCUUCCGGCUGCUCCGCAAAUCUGUCCAAGGAGGCGCAUGAGUUAUGUUUAGAUCUGGUGCUGUGCAGAGAAUCAACAUGUAAAUGUGACGGCUAGCAGGAGGCUGCACGCGCAAAGAUAGAAGC